GCUAACCCACAUGACAACAUCCAGCCGUUUACAAUGAGGCUUCAAGGCACCAUUGAUGCUGCAGUAAAUGGAGGCAUUGCUAAAUAUCAAGAUGCUUUCUUUGGUCCUGAUUAUCUCCACAUGUAUCCCGAGAAUUCAGAACAUGUUAACAGGCUCAAAGUUCUUUUUAAUGAGCAGACUUUAAUCCUAGAGGGUGCUCUUGAACUUCAUGGAAAGAUUGCACCACUGGCCAACCAACCCUUGCAUAGACGUCUAGUAGAGGUAUUUGAAGACUUACGAAAUAAGGUACGAAAGAUAUGCUCAACUCCUCAGUCCCAGAGAUCUGUUUCGUCUCUGCAGUCCACACCUCCUCCACCUCUCACACACAGACGAGCUGACUCUGAUCCUGCCACUGAAUUCAGGAGAAUUGGUUCUAUUAUCAAUUCUCCUUUACCACCACUGCCUUCAGACAAGUGUGCUGCUAGUUUAAGUUCUUCAUCUACAUCAGGACACUCAUCACAGCGUUCAUCACAGGCAUCUUCUCUCUAUGCUCACUUUCAGUCUGCAUCCCAUGAUGAUGAAUUGUAUGCCAAACCUCAGGAAUGGGAUGAAGGUGUAGGAGGAAGUCAACGGGAUUCCAGACCUCGUUCAGCAUUCAUUACAGACAGCAGAGGCUCUUCACCCAAGUCGUUAACUAAAUCCCUCAACAGUGAUUAUGUGAUAGUACCAUCAUCGAAGGCAGUAAGUGACGACAGCCAAAGGUGGAGGCACUCUCGACCUCCAAGUCCUCAUGCACCAAGAAACUCAGGAACCCAUGACUCCCUCAAUACUUCCUGGAGUGAUUCACAAGGAUCCCAGGAAUCUCUACCUCCAUUGCCUCCAAGAGGCAGUGAGAAGCAAAUUAGGUCUGUAAGUCUUGGAGGAGAGGAAGAUGUACCUCCUCCAGUACUGCCAAAAAGGAUGGGCAAAAAGUGUCCAUCUCCUGCCAUGUAUGGAUCUGAUCAGUUUUUGGGUGAUGAUGUGGAUGGGUGCAGUAGUAGUGGUGAUGGCCUUAGCAACGGCUUACCUGCAUCCACACCGACUACCCCACCGUUACUCUCCCCACGUAACCAUCGCACUCCCCCACCUCCACCCAUACCUCCAAAGACAACUUCCACCCCGAUCACACCGCUCUCUCCACCUACCAGCUUCACCCUCAACACCUCUGGCGAUGACUUGACACCAACCACACCAACUAAUGUCAUAGUAGAUCAGCAUCUGGAUGGGUCACAUAACAGCCUUCACGAGAACUAUUCCGUGCCAACCAGACUCCAGCCACAACUUCCCCCUCCCUCUCAAUAAACUUUUUUUUUUUUUUUUCCUUUGUUAUUGGUUCUUUUCACUUGUGUUGUGUGUGUCAUUGUUUAUGUUUUUAGACAUACUGUACCCUUUUUAUGUUACCUGUACAGUAGUAUGUAUGUAAAUAUAUAUACAUAUAUAUAUAUAGUUUGUUUCUUGCUUUGAAAUAUUUCACUAAUUCUCACCUUCAUUCGCAAUUACUAACCAUUGCUGUAUAUUACCAAUGUGCCACCACUUGUUACUGUCAUGCUAUUUGCACUGGCUAAAUUGCUUUUAUUUUUGUUGAUUAUUCUUGAUGCAUUCAUUUUCUUUUACUCUAUCUGAAUCUUAUGUCUGUUUUACUUUCUAAGUAUAACAAUGCAGAGACUAAUAUAUAUUAUAUAUUUGUUUUCUUUUAAGUUUUUCUUUGCUAAGGUAUUAGUCUUAACAGACAAUACUAAGACUCAUACAUGCAAAAAUACUUUGAACACCCAAAUGUUCAGGUUUUAUGUAGUAAAUACAUUGAAGCUGAAAAGCUUUUUGUUUUGAUUUUGAUUUCUAUUUUACUUAGUGGUAAGUGUUAAUUUAGAUCAUCCAUUAGUAUACAGUAUUUGGUAUGUUGUGUUCUUAUUGAAUAUUGGAGUUAUUCAAUGAAAAAUGGAAUUGGUAAUUUAUUGAAUAGUUCCAAUAAUUAAUAGUAUUUCAUCUUUGACGUUUAACCCUCACGAGUUGUAACUUUAUUUACAUAUACGUACGUACUGAUUACAUGUUGUGGGAAUUUAAAACUAGUUUUUCCAGUCAAAUCUUACAAAUUUAUGUUUAGUUUUAUAUUUAUAUUUUUUUGCUGUUCUUGACUUCAGCAUAUUACAAAAUAGUAAAAUGUGAGGGUGAUAAAUUGUAAUUAUAUUGCUUGUAGAGUGAAUAUGAGAUUACACAUUACUGAUGAAAGUUGACAAAAAUUGCAGAAUAUUAAAUGCAAAUAUCAGAUCAGGAUGAUUAUAGAGAAUUAGAAUGUAGUGUAGGUUUUAAGAAUUAUUUUAUUUUCUGUUGUAGCAUUGCAGAUCUUAAUUUGAAAUCAAAUCUAAGGAAGUCAAUUUAGAUCUAUUAUCGUAACUUAUUCAGUUGAUAGCGACUUAAAAGAAGACCUUUUAUCGAACGGCAAAGAAUAUAUACUGUGAAUCGUUCUUUGUAAGCUACUCUUGAAAUAGCUUAUCCCUUUCCACAAAAUAGUCAAAAUUUUAUGCGCACAAAUGAAAACUAGAUUUGCUUAUUCUAUGCCCAUUGUGCAAAUCAUAAUGAAAUAUUGCCUCUUCACUUUUGAAAUAUGACAAUGUUUUGUCACAGCUGGCAGCAAAAGGCUUUUAGAAAGUAGUUGAGAGAAGACUUUUGUUAUUUUUACAUGCAGUUAUAGUAAAGUAGGUUAUUUUUUAUUCUCCAGGACCUGUGCACUAGUUUAUUUGGUAAAAUUUUUGGGCAAAAUCUUUUGCAAAGCUUUUAGAUGUGUUGUCAGGCUCUGUUCUUAGGCAAGAAACAAGACUGAGAAUUGUUUAAUGAAUUAGAGGUGCAGAAGUUUUUCUUAUUUCUGGACACAUUAGAAUCAGAGAGCUUUUUCCCUUUAGCUUGCAAAGCUUUUUUGAAAUUAAGAAGAAUAUUUCAUACCUAAAGUCUUUUAAGUGGGGGUGCUAUGGUUUUUUUAGUGCUCCAUUUUGUGUCGUCUUUAAUAUUUUCUUCUUUCAGUAGUAAUAGUUGUGUUGAUAGAUCUAUUCAUAUAUAAAAUCUGUAUUAGGUACCAUGACAGUUCUGUAGAUAGAACAUAUGUAGAGGAAAUGUCAAAGACCAUUUUAAUUUCUUGUUAUUUCGAGGUUCACAUUAUUUUUCUGUAAUAUGAACGAACAAAUUGAAAUCUGAUGUGAUAUUUACUCCUUAGAGUAAGUAGCAAUGAUGUAAGUUCCAACAUAUCGAUUUUGCAAGUUUGAAAUGAAGUUCAGAAGACUAGUGGAUGGUACUUGCAGUUUUACUUUCAGUGGGAGGACAGAUGAUGAAUAAAGAAAACAUUUUAUUAAUCAAUACAGUUUUUAUAGCAGUUUUUUUACUUAUAUCUAUUUUGGUAUCAAGGAAGUAAAUAUUGUAAAAUUCAGAAUUGGAUGAACAGCUUUUAAUAAAACUAUAUUUGGGUAUUUCAUUAUUUUAGGCAUUCAGCAUGUUUUUUAAUUAGUCAGUGUUGUAGCUUAAAGGUUCCAGAGAUCCUAAGUUUCAGAGCCAGAAAUUCAUUCUGUUAUUCAAUUAAUCAAGCAGUUGUGGAUUUUUAGAAUUUAUUUAGGUCCUGGCCAAGUUAGGACCUGUAAAGUGACGUUAUUAGGAUUCCUGUUUAUCACAGUUGUGCAUUAAAGUAAAAUUUCUACUGUCAAAACGUGCAUAAUGUUAUCUCAGAAUUUCCAGGUAGUUAAUACUGUGGAAAUGAUUUUUAUUUUUAGUUAAUUUUUUUUUUUUGUGCUGUGAUACCGAAGGUGAAGAUGAAAGGUACAAAUACAAAUCUGGUGAUCAGAAGAAAGUUGAGAGUGACACAGCCAGGUGAUUAGAGUUGUAUAGGAUUCACUGAUCAUUAAUAACAAAAUACAUAAUACAUUAGUAAUGUAGCAGACAUAUGCUGUAACUUAUUGAGGGGUUUAUCCUAAAUAUUUGCAUUGAUUCAAGUCUAUACAUACAGAGCAGUAGAGUGCAUAACUAAAAGCUAAGUAGUAGUGGCAGUCUUAACCAGCAAAUUUAACUAUUUUAACUUUCUAUGAUUUUAACAAAAGGCCAUAUGUAUUGUUGUGAACAAGAGUUUCACCUUAUACGGUACAAAAAUAAAGACAGAAAUGUGAUUGUAAUAAUAAUGGAAAUUAGUCUGUUUAUUAAAAGGGCCGUUAUCUGGUAAUUACACAAUACAUCUCACCCCCAGGUCAUAUAAAGUAAAAAUUCAACUAAUCUGUAUGUGUGUGCGAGUGUUUUUUGUUUUAUAUUAAUGACAGGACAAGUAAUAAGGACAAUUAAGGAAAUGUUCAUCUCAGAAAUAUGAUUGAAGGGAAAUGGAGCUAAAAUCGACUCUAAUUUUUUUUACAUAUUAGAAAUCUAAGAUAAUUACAAGAAAAGAGUUUAAAUUGAAAACUAAUACUAUAUGGAUGAGACUUAGCAAACAAUUUGGCACUGUAUUUUCAGUUAAAAUUUCAAGUAUUAAGGUUUGAACAUUUUGAAAAGAUAAAAAAAAACUUUGGUAGUUAAUGGAAAUAGUUAGCAAAAAGGCCUUUUCCAUUGACUGAAAUAUUAUGGUGCCUAUUCGAAGAAAAUGUAUGACUGAGAAGCAUGAAAAUACAAAAUGUUUUCUGUAUUAAUGGGAAUUAAAAAAAACUCUAUUCCCCUUUCUCACUAUCUUAUAUGCUUUUAUCAUCAUUAUGUAUUAACUUCAUUGGGAGAUUAAAAAAUUAUGGUAUGUUUGUAUUGAUAGAUCAAAUGUCUUUCUGAGAAGAAAUGCAAUGAAAAUUACUUAUAGGCUUUUGUCUUCAUUAUUUCAGAAGUAGCAUUAUAGCAGAAUUUGCAAUUUUUCAUAGAAUGACACCAGGUACUUCAUUCCUUGGCAGGGCGUGCUUUUAAAUACUCAGCCAUUCUAAUUGGCCUGAAAAAAGUUAUAAACUAACGACAAAAUGAAUUUUGUUUCACUUCUUCUGUAAACUAGAAGACACACUGAACAGUCUUAGUGCAACUUACCCUUGACUGUUAAAGCACUUGCAUUGUCCUUGUCUACUAUCCCAGUCAGUAGAAAAGUAUUUCAACCACACUUUCAUAAUCUAACGUAACCAUACUAAUAUGUAUACCUAGUUGGGGCUUUGAAAACUAUCCUGACCACACAUCCUGCCCAAAAGCUACCAUACUAGCUUGCUUACCCACCUGCAGGGUACAGCUUGAAGCCCUUUUUAGUUCAGCAUUAAAACCAUUUUUCCCUCCUAUUUGAAAUCACAGAUGUAAAGUUUUUUAUUUAUUUAUAUUUUACUUGAAUCCUGCAAGCAGUAUAGUACUGUUAUCUGCAUUCUAUAAGCAGCUGCUAUUUAUUUUUUUUCUCAGGGGGGUUGGGGGGGAAGACACUGAUGGGCCAGGUAAACAAGGUUAAAUUGUUAUAAAUUGUUACUUUGUAAAAAAAUUGUUGCCUUGAAAAAGAUAUAUUAUUUAGACAUGAGCUCCUCUCAAGAUAUAAAACGAUAUCACAUUGCAACAGUUUCUUUAAAUCUUUUAUGUUUUUAUGGUUUAGAUAAAAAUGGCCAACUGUAAGAUUACAGUAAAUGAGGUUGACCAAAAAGUCAUUCCUAUUAGAUAAAAAAACUCAGGAUACUUUUAUCUUGGUCAACCUAUGCAUGAGAUUUGUUGUUUUAAAACAAUUGUUUAGAUCACACUCCAGUAGAUUGAUAAACCACUAGGCAGGAAUUGGAAGAACUACGAGACUGAGUAAUUCGUAACUCACAUUUGUGCCAUAGGGAACUUAAGUGAAUGUCUGAAGAUGGUAAAUUUGAGUCUCCCAAAUGUUAUUAAUUGAAUAACUAGAUCAUUGUCAGAUAAAGCACACAAGACAGCUUUUGAUGUAGUUGAUAAUUAAUGUUUCACCAGGUAUAGCCUUGGUCCAUUUAUCUGCAACCUACCCUGAGAAUAAUAAGUUCAUAGAGGACCUAGGCUACUAUGUCAUUAAAAAAAAAAAAAACUACAUUUCCCUUACCACCUUCAGUCCAGAUUGCUUUCUUUCUAGGAAUUUUAUCCAAUCCCUGUAGCCUAUACGUACUCAGUUACCCAAUUAGCAUCUGUAACCUGACUCUCUUUGCCAAUCACAUUUAAGAACAAAUCCUGCUGGGGUCCUAUACUAAUAGUAUGAUUGGGUGUUCUUAGUAUGUAUAUUUUUUUUUAUAUUGAUAAUAGUAAUUUUCUAUAUUUAUCAAUUUUUAUCCUAAAACAUCUGCUUAAUUAAAAUGUACUUUCAGUUGGAUUGUGGGAAACUAUCAAGAGUGGAGAGGUAUGAAAUGAUAGUGGUAUUUUAGUAGGAAGGAAGCUGGUUUCAUGAGUUAACAUUUACAAUCUAACACUAGGAAAUGAAAUUACAUUUGAACAGGAUUUGGAAUACAAGAUAAGAAAAUAGCAGUUGGUAUAUAAUUUUGGCAUGUUUGUGGAUCAGUCACAUUAGAAGACAAGGUACAGAUUGUUAAGAAAGCUGAGUAAAAUUAUUAGAAAAUAAUUGAAAUAAUUGGUCAUAUUACUGAGAUGAACUGGAGUGAUUGGUGUAAUGUUAUUCAUGGAUAUAAGUUAUUUGUGAGAUUACCCAAGUUUCCUCAGUUAUGUAGUUCAAAUUUGUUUUGUAUGUAGUCUUCUGAACUGUAACAAAUGGUUGUAAUGAUGCUGAUUAUAACAGUUAUGAUGGAAACGUUGGUGAUAACUGUACUAAAAAUUAUUUUAUAACUCACUACUUGCUUGAAAGUUUUACCAACAAAUCUUUUGUUUAGAUGGUAAUCUUUGUUGAAAGAACAAAUAUAUUGUAGUUGAUUAUUAUUAUUAUUAUGCUUUGCAUAGAAACUGUAUCAAAAGGAACAGUAGAUAUCAACCAGUCUCUAUCUGUAGACAUGUCAAAUUAGUCAACAAUUAAUUUAACACUGCCAUAAUGCAUUACAGCUAUGCAUCCGAUAGUAUAAAAUGUAGCAUCUUCUUUUUACAAAUACCUGUGACUUGGGAAAGUGGAUUACUUGUUGAAUACUUCCAAAUAUAGCAGAUAUAGCACCUCCGACUGCACUGGAGAAGUGUUACCAGGUGAGAAGCUACCGUGAAAACCAGCAUAAAUUGUAAGAGAGUUGAGACUAAAGUCAUGGACAUAUGAAGGGCAGGGACUUUCCGACUGUGCCAUGUUACUCAGAGUAGUACACUAAGUAGACUAGAGGUAAGACACAGAUCAUAGGUUGAUUGAGUUGAACAAAAGGAAAGUGUUUUUAGGAUUUACAGUAGUUAAAUAUUUAUACACAGAUCUGUUAAGCAUAUGUACCCAUUGUUCAGGACAGAUAGGUAUGUACAGAAUAAAGUAUGAUUGAUGCAGUAUCAGUUGGGAAGAGUGGUUGUGAACUCCUUAGGUACUGUUUAAUUUGAAAGAAUACUUUACGGCAUAGCACUGGGCAGACUUGAGAUUAUAUGACCACCAAGUAGAAAAUUAAAAACUUUAUUGUCCAAUAUUUGCUGAUACUAUAUAUAGGUAAUGCAGCACAACAUUAUAUAUGAUUUCCUUGUUUUCCCAAAAUAAAAAGGCCAAGGUUAGAUUGUACAUAUACACUUCCUGUGAAUUGAACCUUACAAAAUAUAUUGAGGAUCUGAAAGAAAAUAGAAAGUAUGAAGGGGAUGUAAGCAGUGAUGUCUGAGAAAAUAAUAAUGAAAGGUAAAUGUUAGUUUUUCAAAAGCACCACAAAACUUGUUAUAGAGUGUGUAAUUCUUUUCUGAUAUACUAGCAGUUAUGCUUAGAAUACAGCCUGCAUGUAUAUAAAGGGAUACAUAUAUACAUAUUCAGAAACAUUGUGACAUUAUUGUCUCAUCAGUGUCAGUUAUUAGAAAACUUAGUUCUACCCAGGCAUAUUUUCAUAAAUGACAAGGAUUACCUUGAUUCACCCUAGCUCUAAGCAAUAUUUUUUUACUUUUCACAACUUUCAAAGAUUUCUUUAGACCAUAUAUUUUAAAAUUUUAUGUGACCUUAUUCUAUUUUUCCUACCACUUCCUCAAACAAACAAAAACACUUCCUCAAGUAGGGAUGUGCUUUCUUGAUUUUGAAGUAAUUCUUAAUCUCAAAUUUAUGAACGUUUAAGUAGCAGUAAUCAACCCAUUGUCCUUCAGUGCAUAACUUAUUCCUUUGUGUGAAAUACUUAUCUGUUAUGUACUGCUAACUCUUUGUUUUUUAUUGAAUUCAUAUUUCUUCCCAAACUUCUAAAAUUCUUUUCAAAGCAAGGCAUUUUCUCCCUCAUAUACCCUAUACACGUAUAUUGCUUUGGGGCUCAUUAUCAGAUUCUGCAAUCUCUGUAGUUUCUCUUCUGAUAAUUAAAUUUCUCAUUCCUUCUCCAUAUACAUAUGUGAACAUAUAGAAACAUUGUGACUACAUAGUUAAUAUUUUAUUUUUUUAAUAUUUAUCUUUAGAAAUGCCCUAAAGCAUUGUGUGUGUUAGUGAUGAUAGACCCAAUAGUUUUCUUUUAUAAGUUUUUUUUAAAAAUUAGGGUCAUUUUUAAAAAUUCCAGUCUUUGUUUCAUCCUAAUUUUGAAGUUGGAAAUUGUUUGAAAUGUAAUGCCCAAACCAAAAUCAGUGAUGAUUUUUUACGAAGAGAAAAUGAUUUGAUUCAGUUUUGUAAAAAUACUAUUUUUGUAUUUUUUAUAUUAAUAUCUGUAAUAUUCUUUAAAGACAGAUUAGGUAUUAUCUUAUAAUAAUUUAGGUAAGCUCCAUGAAAUAGCUGCUUGAGAGCUUGGUAAGGUUAAUAUGAUAGUUCUCUUUGGUAGUACGUACAGUCAAACCUCGGUUUUUGUGCAUAAUCUGUUCCAGAACACCCACGAAACCCAAAACACACAAAACCAGAACAAUAAUUCUCAUAAGGAAUAAUGUAAAUACAAUUAAUGCGUUCCAGGCCCCAAAAAAUAUUAACAAAAAAUACAUUUUAUAGGGAAUAAACACAGUUUUACAUACAGAAAACCAUGAGAGAAAAAUAUAAAUGACUAAUGAAAUGAAUAAAUGAACAUUUAACAUCACUCAUACCUUCAGUGUUUGGAAGGGGAAUCCCCCUCCAGAAGGACUUCAGGUAUCAAGGACCUAUCUGGGGUUACUUCUCUUCGUUUUUUACUGGCAUUAGGACCAGGUUGAGAGUUCUUGCAUUUUUUUAAAAUUUGCCUAAAGUUGAACACAGCAUUGUCAUUAAACAUGUUGCAGACAUGGUUUACAACUUCUUUGUUGGGAUGAUAAUGCUCCACAAAAUUUUUUACAUCAUUCUACUUUGCAAACAUGUCCUUAAUCCCUGAAGUAAGCACAUAAUGUAUGUCCAUUCAUUUUCUGAAUUUUUCAAAUCAGCUCUUGCUGGCCUUAAAUUCACCAACAGCAGUGCUUGCUGUAGGCAUUUUCUCACUUGAGAUUGGCAUGCAACUUUCUCCAAUACAUUGCUACGAGUUCUUUCUUAAAUUCUAUUGUGUAUCUCAUUAUUUUUGCAGUAGGGCUAACACUAGGAACUUUCUUUGGCCCUGUGAUGGCUUAUUUAGCAGUUGCACUCGAAUAAAAAAUACAAAAAGCACAAAAAAAAAAAACAAAUGCAGAAGGGGUUACAAAAGGAGAUGGGAUGCAUUGUUUGGGCGCUCGAUAUAGGGCCCAGUCACGCACUGGGCCCUAGAUGGAAUGUUUCCAAUUUUAUGAAAACUGAGGAAACAUACAAUAACCGAGACAAAAUUUUGUAGAAAAAGUAUAUGAAAAGAGAGGGGUAUGAAAACCGAGGUUUGACUGUGUGUUUCGUUUUUGCUGUAUGUAAAGUUCAUAGUAUGCUUGUAAAACUUACCCAGAUGGGUUGACCUCUUGAAUGUAGAGAACCAUUUAUGUAAGUGGUUUUACAGCAGUAUGCCUUUCAUUCUUGUUAUAAAGGAAGGUCAGGCUUUGAAAAAUUAAUUAGUAUAUAGGCUGCUAUGACUUAUUUAUCCAACCACUUCUCUGUUUUGUUCUGAGAACCAUUGUUCACAGCUAGUGAAUUAUAGAAUCAAAUUUUUCAAGUAAAUUAAUGUGAGGGCAAGUUCAUUAUAAUACCUACAAAUAUGUUAAUUAUAUUUCUGUGCAGCAAGUUUACACUUUUUAUGAUACUGCUUAUAAAUAAUCACUAGAGUACAUGUAAAGGAAGGUAAUGUUUGACAUUUAAUAUUAAGAUUGAUUUGUAAAAUGUCUUUUACUCUCUCUUUUUCUUUAUAAUGAUAUUAGAUAAGUUUUCCACUUGUAUGUGCAGUCCUUAGAACUUUAUCAUGAGUUCUUGAUGUGCAUUGCUCCUGCUUUUCUUGAAGUACUGUAAGGUUUUGGUCUUCCCUGUCAAACUAAUUUUAUGCAAUAAUGUGUUCUUCUUCCCAAGUUGCAUACUUUUUUCUGGAUUUCCUUAAUAUGUGAUGUUGUCAUGAAAUGCUUUGCUUUACAUUUAAAUAGGUAGGUACCCAUAAUGUACAUAUAAAAAGUUUAUUUGUAGAUUUUUAAGUACAUUAAGUACAGCAUACUGUUUUGUAGAUGCAUGCAAGAUGAUAUAUAUUUCAUCUCUCAAAUUCAGUAUUGCAGUUCUCAGUUUCUCAUCCAGACAUGCUUCUCAUAACUUUUACUGUAUUAUUAUUUUGUAUCUGUAUUUAUAAGUUUUUAUUAAUUUUUCCAUAGAUAACUAUGCAAUAUAUUUUUUUUAUGGAAAUCGGAACUGAUUUUUCAAAAUAGCUAUUUAUUACAUUUUUUUUACACAUAAGUGAAUUUUAGCUAAACAAACUUUCUUAGGAUUAAUAUGUAUUGUUGUGUAAUUCUGUAAACUCAUUUACAGUUAUGUCUCAUGAUUUUUUUUUUUUUUUACAUUUUACAAGAAGAAAGGAAGCUUUGUUCUGUGUACGUAUUUUGCUCUUACAUAUUUCAGUUUCAAUGUGUUUGUAGUAAUUUUUGCAGAAGGAAAAUUAAAGUGUUUACAUUAAGAUUUAGGCUACAUGACUUAUAAGAUGCUAAAUUUUAUUGAAAUGAUAAAAUUUGUAUUGUUAUAUACAUUGUUCGAAAUUCCUGGAGUUGUAGUCCAUAACUUUCAUUUGUACUCCUCUCAUUUUAAUCUUUAAUUUUCAGACAUUUCCUCAGAAUUAGGUAAGUCUCCAUCACUUUGAUCAAAUACAGCAUUGUCGUACAUUAACAAUUGCCAGCCUAAGCCUUUUGUGAUUUGCUUUCCUUUCAUCUGUGCCAAAGAUGUCUUAGAAUUUUGAAUCUUAAGUGCAGGGAUGCCUUGUGUGUAUCAAAGCAAUAAAACACUGGAGGAUCUAUUGAAUCUUUCUCAUCUCAAAAGACAUUUUAUAUAAUAUUCCACUUUUAUAUGACUUGCUUCUUUGCUUUUUUUUCGUUAUCUCAUAGAAGUAGAUUUGCAUUCUCAAAGUUUUUUUUUUUCACGAAAGUACUGAGCGCCAUGAAAUUGAGAGUACAGUAAUAGUUUCCUGUGGUUUUGUCUUUUGUCCUAAGUUUUUUCAUGCUUUUGUUAUGCAUAUAUUUUUUUGCGAAUGCCAACUUAACGAAGCAGGUAAAAUGUCCAAUGCCACAAUUUAUAUUUUAACAAAUGGAUAAACCAGUUGAUAUUACAGAACAGUUACCUGAUCCUAUCUUGCAUUUAUGCUACAUUUUCUUUUUUUAAAAGCUUAAUCUCGUAUCCAACUUGUAUACUAUCUGGCAAGAGUAAAUGAUAUUUUAUAGUUCACUAGCGAGAUUGAUUGCGAGAGUGCUUUCUUUGCUGUGGCUUUAGAUGAAGAAUCAUUGGCUUAUUCUCCACGGCAAGUUAAAUGAACAAGUUUUGGAUUGUUUUGUAAAGAUUCUUUGUGGAGCACAAAGCUUAUGAUAUAUAGUGCACACUAGUUUCACAUUAUGAAAAUAAGGGUAUGUGACAGGUAACAUUGUCAGACAUCGAUCCUAUUUUCAAGAGCACAGAAACAAAUUGUAAACUAUGCCAUUUUAUUUUCCAGAUACGAACUCAGUCACUUUAUAGCAACAUACUGUAAGUAGGAAAAGUUGAGGUUACAUGUAGUAAUGACCUAUGUAGCUGGGAGAUCUUAGAAUUCUAAUUUAAUUCUUAGCAUAUUGAGUCAGGCUUUGUCACCAGAAAUAUAGUAUGUAUUUUGCUACGAUAAAUUAGUAGAAAUUGUACACAAAAGCACAUUUACUGGCAUUUUUUAAUAUCUUUCCCAAAAAUAUUGCACCAGGUUUGUUGUUGUUACCAAAAUGAAUAUCCACAUGUUUGUCAAGAUGGUGUCACAUCCACUAACAGGCUUGAUUAACUAUUUUGAUUUGUAAUAUUGAUUACAUAGUAAAGAAUUUUGUCACAAUAUUCUAAAAGAUACUGGAUUUCAUGUAAUUCAAUCUACCAACUGUAGUAUCUUCAGGUUGUUAUUCUCUUAGCUAUAUAAGCCAUAUGUAAUUUUGCAUUUAUUCAUGCUUUUUCAUAAAAAGACAAAAUUUAUCCAAUCUACAGAAAACAGUUAUUUUGUAUUUGACUUUACAUAUAUUUUUUGUGUUCUUUUGAGGAUUUUUAAGUUACAUUUUGUCAUUUUAGCACAUUGUUGUGAAGUUACUUUAAAAGACAAGUAAAACAUCGUUGACCUGUGGGGAUCUGAGAGUGUAGAUCAGAUUUUUCAGUGGUGUGUUAUUAGCAGAUUGUGUAAUGUAUUUGGACUGUCAUAUUUAUAUUUCUCUUCCCUUCAUAUACUGUAAAAUAAACUAUUUAUGUCUGUUGUUGUACAAGGCACAAAUUCUCCCCCUUUGAAUGCAUGUAUGGAGGAGGGGUAUUGAUGCAUUUGGCCAUUUUAUCUUUCAUGUUAACUGUAGUGUCCUCCCCCAGACUCUUAACACCUGCCAUAAACCAAAUUUAUUAGGCUUGUACAGCCAUAGAAUUCAAGUAGAGGCAAAAGCUGUUCACCACUGCAGUAAAACAGAAUACUAUUAUGAAGACCCAUCCCUCCAGAUAGUAGUACAUAAGAUGAAAGACCCUCAAGUCUGAAGAUAAAAAUGUAAAAAUGAUGAAAUAUAAGAUGUCUGACCCAACCUUGCCUAGGAUCAUACCCAGUAGUAGUCAGAAUAUUAUUAAAACACAAACAGUUCUUGUUAACAAAAUGUCUAUAAAAAGAUUCUUUCAGACUUAAAAUUGAAAAUUAGUGGUUUGUCAGUAUUACACAGCAUGCCAUAAUGGACUUUGUGCACUUUAAAAUAGUAUGCAGUUUUACUGAAAAUGGAAAUGAAGAACCAACAGGUUGAAAAUGUAAGAUGAAAAGGCAUGAAAGAAAUGAGGAUGCUGAUAAAGCAGUCAUAGCUACUGUAAUUAUGACUUGAUGAAAUAGUCCUUUUCCUGUCAGUGAAGUGGUAUUACUGUAUCUCUGAAACCCAUCAUAUUUAAUGAAAGGCAGGCAUUGUGAAAUAGUGAAUCUGACAGUAACAAAUGAAAAUAGAUUGUAUAAACUGUUGGAUUGUGGUGCUCUUCAUUCCAAAAAGAAUAAAUUUUGAUGUCUCACUAUCAUCUUUAUAUUGGUUGCUUGUCGGACCAAAUGGUAGCUGAUUAAAUAACCUGUAUGGUACAGUCCUGUGAGAAACAGAUCCUUGAAAGAAAUUUUGUUAGAAUCUUCAACAUUUUUAUUAAUAAGUAUAAUUAUUAAGUUGUAUGAUUUGCUAUAUUUCAAGUAAGAUCAGACCAGCCUUCAGAAGUCCACCUGUUUGACAAUUCAUCAGAAUUUCUUAAGAGAGAUUAUCCCUUAAAUAUUAAUUUUAAAUUUCUCAGUUUCUUUACAAGGAAUACGAGAUCUUGGGGGAAUACAUUAUAGUUAGUCUGUAUUUUAUUAUUCUUUUAUUACAAUAGACUUUGAAGUAUGCUUUUCAUUGCUAAGUGGUCCACAAUAUAUAUUGAUGGCCAAAUAUUGCUUUGGAAAAUAUAUAAGAUCUGUAUCAUAUGUUAUAUGCAAACAAGGAUUUUUUUAUAUCUUUCACUUUUAAAGAAAUUUUGGAUGGGUUUUACAACUGAAAUCACAAACUGAGUGACAUUAUGUUGGACAAAAAUAUUUGUGACCUGCAGCAUAGUUAGGCAUUGCUAUACAUAUGAUUUUCUUUAGUCCAUGCUUACAUUUUGUGUCUUGGAAGAAGUUUUAGUGCUUUAGGAAUUUUUAUGGUGUCCAAUGUCUAAAGGUCAUACUGCCACAGUUAUUUUCCACUGUUAUUUAGUAUGUGCUUUACAAAAGUAGGUAGAUAAUUUUAUCAGAGGAUGUGUUACUUUUGAAGAAAAUGGUACAAGAUUACAAUCUUUAAACUAUUUUAACCUUUAUAAAAGCAAUUUUAAGAUCAGUUGAACAAAAAUUGAACUGAAUUCAAGGUUUUUACAAUAUAAACCAAGGAUGUGGGACAGUAUAUAUUUAUUGUAGUAUAUUGUAGCUAGACUAUCAUACAAUGGUAUUUGUCUUCUGCUGAGAGAUCAGAAAUUUGACUUAUGAUGUCCCUGUGAGUUUGGAAGUGCAGUCUAAUGGCUAACGAAAUAUGAAUUGGACUUGGUAAUGCAGUGAAUUUAUAGUAAAAAGCUUUGAAGCUGCUUGGCAGUCUUCUUAUUCUGUGAAAUGUUAUAGGCACAGUGUAUAGUUUUAUUAGUAAAAGGAUAUCUCAGUAUUUGCUGACAGCUAGGCAGUAUUGAAUAGAUUAAUACUAGUAUGCAUAAAAUAUCUAGAUUUCAUCUGAAACUUCUCGAGUGUUGCCAGCCCAACAGUUGGAAGAAUGAACGAGAGUAGGGUAAUACAUAGCUUGGGACAAAGUAUGCAGCUGCAACCUUCUUUUUCAGAAAGACUGUCAUCACCCUAAAGAUGUUUUAUGAAUGAAAAGGUGCUCCAUCUUGCCUCUGUAUUUUGUAAAAUACGAUAUUUUAUUUGGUUCAGACUAGAUCAAAAUAUUUCUUUAUACAUUAUUGUAGCAUAUAUUUUUGCAUGUGUAUAUAUAUACCAUUAACAGUCUUUUUAUGUAUGCAUAUUAAGUUUACAUAUUUAUAAAUAUAUAUAUAUUGUAGGACAUUUAUAUAACAAUGCAUUAUUUUUCAGUAAUUUAGUACAGUUUGACUAGGUUAACAUAAAAGAACAUUUUUUAUGUAAGUACAAUUCAAUUUUCACAAAAGUAUUAUUUUAAUAAGCUGUUACUUUAUUUUGAACUUUAUUAUGCUGUAGUCAGUGAUAAGUUUAUUAAUAUUUUUCUCCUCUGAAUUUAUAUUCAUAUGUAAUGCCUCAGUUCAUAAUAACUGUACAUUAUUUGAAAUAUCAAUUUUAUUUGUGAUAUUACCAUCCAAUAGAUAGGGAAAAAAAGUUGUGGUUAGUCAUAUAAGAAUCUGUGUUGUGGGUAGAUGAGUAAGGCAGUAUCUGAUAAAAGAAGAUCAUAGUAUUGACAUUAAUUUAGAUUUUGUUUUGAUUAUAGUUUGAGUAUUUUUUACAAAAAAAUGCAUUUCUGUGUUUAUAAUAAUAAAUUUAAGAAUGAACAGACCAUGUCAUGCAUAUUGGAGUUGUCACAGUUACAACAACUACAAGAACAGGUUUUCAAAUGAUGUACAACUGUGCUUUGUAUUUUGGUUCAGAUGAAAUUAUAAAGGUCUGGAUUCCUAGUCACUGCUCAAUUAAAGCUAUUCUUAUCAGUUGAGAGCAUUAUAUCUCACAUAUUGCACCUACCACAUCCUAUUUUGGUAAGUUGAAACAUAUCAAUCAGAAUGACUGAUGUGAAAUAUAAUGUUUUAUCUGAAUUAUACUUGUGUAAACUAAUACCUUGUCUGGAUUGAAUAUUUGUAUUUUAUUUGAUCACCGUUCAUUGUCAAAGUGAAAUAUAUGCUUGAAUACAAUUUUAGCUUCUUCUUUGAGAAGUAGGACAAUGUAUUAAGAAUUGUAAUUGUAAAUUUUUUAUUGUACAAUUUGUUAGAAUAGUAAAAUUGGUCUAAGCACACCGGAGCUGUAUAUAUGAAGCUGAUGACUUGGCAGUGUAAAUCUACAUUUAAGGUAUAAUUUUUAUGAAAACAAAUUGUGAAUUUACUUUAUUAUUUUGAUUAGGAGAGUAAUGUAUGUUUUUGAGAAGGAAUAAUGAUGCUAUUAGUUACUAGAUCACAAAAAUUAAUAAAAUCAUUACGGUAA